GGAGCCCCGGGGACCCGCGCGGGCCCCAGCAUCCAGGCCUAACGUGCUCUCCCCGGUUCUGCGCCCCUGCCCGCCCGCCCGCACAGGUGCCGCCGCCGGACGGGACUCUAAGAUGAAGUUAUGGGAUGUUGUGGCUGUCUGCCUGGUGCUGCUCCACACCGCGUCCGCCUUCCCGCUGCCCGCCGCAAAUAUGCCAGAGGACUACCCUGAUCAGUUUGAUGAUGUCAUGGAUUUUAUUCAAGCUACCAUUAGAAGACUGAAGAGGUCACCAGAUAAACAAUUGGCCGUGCUUCCUCGGAGAGAGCGGCACCGGCAGGCGGCAGCCGCCAGCCCGGAGAAUGCCAGAGGGAAAGGCCGGCGCGGCCAGAGGGGCCGAAAUCGGGGCUGCGUGCUCACCGCCGUGCAUCUAAACGUCACUGACUUGGGUUUGGGCUACGAAACCAAGGAGGAACUCAUUUUCAGGUACUGCAGCGGCUCUUGCGAUGCAGCCGAAACAAUGUACGACAAAAUAUUAAAAAACUUAUCCAAAAGUAGAAGGCUGGUGAGUGACAAAGUCGGGCAGGCAUGUUGCAGACCCAUCGCCUUUGAUGACGACCUGUCCUUUUUAGAUGAUAACCUGGUUUACCAUAUUCUAAGAAAGCAUUCCGCUAAAAGGUGUGGAUGUAUCUGACUCCGGCUCCAGAGACCGCUGUGUAUUGCAUUCCUGCUACAGUGCAAAGAAAGGGACCAAGGUUCCCAGAAAAUGUUUGCCCAGAGUGGAAGAUGAGGACCAAGGAGGCGGAGGAGGAGGAAGUGGAGGCGGAGGAGGAGGAAGGCAGCCGUUGUGGGAGCCUGGUGGAGGGAGAUCCAGCUGCAAAAAACUGGACAGGAGAGAGAAAAAAAACAGCCGUCCGCGUUCUUCCGGACGGCCGCUGACGUCACCGGAAGCUCAGGGCUGGUGUCCCUGGUUGGGUGUUGCCAUCUUUUCAUCUGAUACAGUCCACCGCCAUGGGUCACGGGCGCAGCCGCGGAUGCACUUGAAACCAAACCAGUGUAUCUCCUGUGGUUUGCUUUCACAUGUCUAGAGACACCAGGGAAACGGUCCUCCUGGUGUCAUUCCUUGUCAUUACGUUUUACUGCUGAAAGCAAGAAAGGUUUAUUUUACUGUCACUCAGUGGAGACAUACCCCGGAAAGGAGGGGAAAAAAAAAAAUCAAAGACCCAGGAGAGAUAGUAACCUUUGCUUUAAAGGUUCAGGCCUGAGGUUUACUCCAACCAGCAUUUUGGGGAACGGUGGGUGAUUGAUUUCAAACAUGGUGUGUGGGGUGGGAAGAAGUUGGCUAGGAACCAAAAAGGCUGUCCUCAUGACUAAAACCAAACCUGAAGGUAUUUCCUUUCUGCCCUUGGAAACAGGAAACCAGUGUGGUUUUUCGGCAGCAUUCUUGCAGGAGAGCGUGCGGGAAGGCCCCCAGCUGCACCGGGGCGGGGAGGCCGCUGGGCUGUAGGUUUACAGAGAGACAGAUGUUACAUACACCCCAGCUCCGUUAUGCGUGGUCACCAGUGACCAGAGAAGCUACUCGAUGCAAUGCAUCUGUUUCAGAUACAGAAAUAUAGAGAAGAUAUUUAUUGAGAAUUAAGUUAUUGUUAUUUAUUACCGUUCACUAAUGAGUUUCUCUUUUUUUCCCUUAUUUAUUAAAGUUUGUUUUCAAAGGUGCCAAAGUAUAUGUGCUCGCAAAAUGCAAAGGAAGGUGGCAAAGGAAAUUUUAAUUGGGAUCAAGGGUCCAUGCUUUUCAAAGUAUUAAAAAGAUUUUCGCUAGGCAAAAAUCACUUACUUUACCUUUUUAAGAAAAGCCCUUAUGUGAUUCCAUCCCCCCUCUCCCCACUGGGUCUCAGCAUCUUACCUGUUUUUAUAGUUUAGAGAAGGAACAUGUCAGAAGGAACAUUUCUGAUGGACCUUCCUUUUCAGGAGCAGCGCAUGGAGACCAUGGCAUUUGCCCUCAUUUCUACACGGUUCCCUGUCCCAACAGACAGACCGUGUGCUCCAUUUCCUGCGGUGUUUAAGCUCUCACCCUCCCCUCCACAUGUAUCUAUCUGUGAUAUGCAUAACCAUAUAUGUCAAAGGUUAAAGUCCCUUUAAUAGGUGGUGCUGGACUCACUGUGGACCUCAGUGUAACAGUUCUGUCAGGUAGCCGGGGUUCUGCCCUGAUAGUGGAGACACUUCCCCUAUCCUUCCAUCCAUCCACCGCCUUCUUGAGAAACACAUCUAGGCCCAGCACAGCCAAGGAGCGCUGCGGGCCUUCUGGAAGUGGGGUCAGCUUGGUUGCCAUACAAGCCACCAAGGGCUACCCCCAUACACCUGACUCCUUCUCAGAAGGUGGCCGGGAAGGGUGGACGUGGAAGACGGGCCCUGGCCCAGCCUCGGCACACCUGCCCCACUGCGUGGAUGCUGAAAGCCUUUGACAGGGCAAGGACAUAGGGUGAGAAAAACUAUCUCAGCGACCAGGUCAUGGAUUUGUCUGGUCACUGCCCCCCUGCUCAAUGAACUGGGCCCUAUUUUAAGAGCUUGUGACCUAUCUCAUAAAAGGGAUUUUUAUCAAAGGGAUUAUCUAUCACUACAUCACUGCCUUAGUGGCUAUUAGCUCCAAAGUAGUACAGAUUUGGCAAAUAAAUAGCCUACUGGCCUCCCUCAAAUAAUCAUAUUAAUUUUACAAAGUAAUCCAAGAAGCAGCAGUUUCCAGACAUCCCUCUGCCACCCCCACCCCCAAGGACCCAAGCUGCCCAGCACUCUGCCCUCUGUCCUUUCUGCUCCCCUUGUAGGACUCGGAAAUAGAGGAAAAGGGCCUGCCUCUCACCCUCUCUUGGGGCCCGAGCAGGGGAACUUGCUGAGGAGUGGCCUGCUCAAAAUAGGGACAGGUCGAGGCGACCGGUCGUUCAUGAAGUGCAAUUUGAUGCAGUCCCAGAUCAUCUGUCCAAUUCAGAGAGUCCUGGCAGGUCUGGUGGCCAGCGUCCCCAGGGGUCAGCCUCGGCCCCAGCUCCCUGUGGAGAGUCUCUGCCCACAGGGGUGGUAGGAUUCAACGGAUGCUGACAGCUCCUUCCCAGCAUCGCCUACACACCAUAAGCAGGUUUUCACUGAAGCUACUUGCUCCGCCAAAGCCACAAAAGGGUAAAGUUUGUGAUUUUUCUUUAUUGUUGCGAUUACCAUCUGAUCCAGUAAGGAGUGCACUUCUUUGGAAGUUCUGACUUCUCUGAUCUGUCUCAGUCGUUUGUGUUAUACAACCAAAGUUCUCUACAGACUUUAUUUUUGUACAAUAUUAUUUUGUAACUUUUUACAAAUAAAAACUCAUUUCUAUU